CGCUCGCCGGGCCCAGUCGGUGUUAUACGUAUUUCAUAUACCGUCGAGGAUCGUUGCGUUUUCACGUCACAGAGACGAGAAAGGAAAGAGAGAGAGAGAGAGAGAGAAAGAAAGAGCGUCAGGAUUCGGGAGAUCGCUUCGAUUUCGUACGUCACGUGUGUGUGUAUGUGUGUAUCUCUCUCUCUCUUCUCCGUCCAAAUUCCAGUGCGCGUCUUCUUUCUUUCGCGCGCGCUUCGUCCUUGAAGAGGAAAAACAAAAAAAGAGAAACGAGCAGGAAACAAAGGAAGCGAUCGCUCGUGAUCGGGAGCGAUCUCACUCUUCUCGAGCAGAAGAGCGAGAAGAGGAGGCGGUCGCCGAUCUCUUUGACCGAAUCGGCGCGUCGGUUCCUACGCGCAGUCUCCGGAUCUCCGGCGCCGGACACGGGCCCCGAAUCGAGCCGAGAGACACACAGUUCGGUGGUGGUAGUUGCAGCAGUCAACGGCAAGCUUCUCGAGUCUUCUCCCUUCGAAGGGCAGGGAAAUCGGCAUUGUGCGCCAGCAGUGCGAGAGCAGAAGAAUAAACGAAAAUGGCGGUGUUCGGCUUAGUCUCGGCGGUCGCCGGCUUUGUCAAGGUGCGGUAUCUGAUUGACAAGGCCAUCAUCGACAACAUGGUUUUCAGGAUGCAUUACAGGAUCACGUCGGCCAUUCUGUUUCUCUGUUGCAUCAUCGUCACCGCCAAUAACUUGAUAGGCGAUCCUAUCAACUGUAUAUCGGAACUUGGCGGAGCCGGCCACGUGAUCAAUACUUUCUGCUGGAUUACGUACACGUUCACGCUACCGGCAAACAACGCGAAACCUGUGUCUACCCACGUGGCCCAUCCGGGUCUGGGUGUCGAUGUCGGCGAAAAGAGGUUCCACUCGUACUAUCAAUGGGUGCCGUUCAUGCUGUUCUUCCAAGGCGUGCUCUUCUACAUGCCGCACUGGAUGUGGAAGCAGUGGGAAGAGGGUAAGAUCAGAAUAAUAUCCGAGGGCAUGAGAGGUGCCAUGGUCGAGACCAAGCAGGAGCGGCAGGCCAAGGUCGAAAGACUGGUCCAGUAUCUCAUCGAGACCCUGCAUCUACACAACAGCUACGCCGCCGGAUACUUUUUCUGCGAAGCCCUCAACUUUCUCAAUACCGUCGGUAACAUAUUCUUCGUGGAUACUUUCCUGGGCGGCGCUUUCCUUACGUAUGGCAUGGACGUAGUCAAGUUCAGCAACAUGAAUCAGGAGCAGCGGUCCGAUCCGAUGAUCGAGGUGUUUCCGCGCGUGACCAAGUGCACCUUCCACAAAUUUGGUGCCUCCGGCACGAUACAGAAAUUGGAUGCGCUCUGCGUAUUAGCACUCAAUAUUCUUAAUGAGAAGAUCUACAUAUUCCUGUGGUUCUGGUUUAUCGUCCUGGCUAUCAUGUCCGGCUUGGCUAUGCUGUACAGCAUGGCCAUAGUGUUGAUGCCCAGCACGCGCGAGACGAUCCUCAAGAAGCGCUUCAAGUUCGGUACACCGACUACGGUCAGCGCGCUCAUCCGAAAGACUCAGGUCGGCGACUUCCUAAUGCUCCAUCUACUAGGUCAAAACAUGAAUCUCAUGAUGUUCAAUGAGGUGCUAGAGGAGUUGUGUCGCCGUUUACAGUUUGGCAGCGGCAGCGGCGCAUCGCCAACGUCGGUACCGUCAGCGCCCAGCACUCUCGAGAUGUCGCCGAUAUAUCCAGAGAUCGAGAAAUACGCAAAGGACACCGAGAUCUAAAUGCAAGAGGAGGCUCCCGUCGACUCGACUUUUUUCCAUCGUCCCUCCCACUUCUACUUCUGUCCGUAUUGUGAUAAUACCGAGGGCGGUAUCUGUACCGCCGUUGUCUCGAUGCCAAUAAAAAGAUAGGUUCGUGCCGCGUCGUCGGGUAUCUUACCAUGCUCGUAAAACGCGUGACGGACGCUCUCCUCGACAUCUCCUUCUGCCGCCCGUCGAGGCUCAUGUCCGGCGUGGUCUUACUAUCACGUGACGCUCGUAAACUCGAAGCAGUGAGCCUUAAAGAACCUUUUGGUCCUUGUCUUCUAUCGACGGAAACUUCAUUUAUUACUGCGCGCUCGUAAAGUACGAGGUUCUUGACGUUUAUGCCUGACGAAUCUUCCAAUCUGUACUGAGGAUUACUGUGACAUAUGCCCUCCGAUCCUUGUCUUUCUCUCUAUUCAGUUAUAUUUCUCAGUCUUCACAAGAUUAUUGCGCGAUUUAUUUCCGACUAAAGUUUCAUUUAUAAAAAUUUCAGCGUCAUUCGCGUGUAAAAAAUAUACGCGAGUUCACCUCAUCGCAGCUUCCUGUCUUUGUCGACGCAUCUGUCCAAUGAGGUCAUUAUGAGGUUUUUAUUUAAUGCUGUUAUUGUUGUUACCCGCUCAUAUAAAUCGAACUUGAAAAACACAACGCGAAGUAUUGCUUUUUAUCUAUUCAACAGUCAUUACGAAAGAUUUUCAUUUACCACAAAACCGAAGUUAAGACACAUAAAAUCGCGAUGAAUCAUAUUUUGCUGAUUAUUUUUUCGACGAGAGUCCAUUACAUUAAUUAAUAGAUUUCUAAUUUUCCUAGAAAUAUUUUCACUUGAAUAAUACGGUGAAGACCGUAAUUAAAUAUUAAAACGAGGAUAUUGCAUCGGGACACGUCGAUCAGAAGACCGAAUCAAGAAUACGUUGGUACCUACACCGACCGCAGCGGCACGAACCGAUAUUAGAUUAUCGAAUAUAUAAUGUAGACGAUAAUGCGCGAUGCUCUCAAAUCGAUAAAACAUUAGCACAUGUGACUGUUUAUAAUCGUUAAGUCGCAACAGGUGCCUAAAACUCUUUCUUUGUUGUAAGAUCGAAUCUUUAAUUAUUAAUUGUUCAUUCCAGAUCAGUGCCAAUAUAUUUUGAUGAUAAUUUAAGGAAAGUAUAACACACGUGGUAUUAAUAACAGUUUUCCUUAACUGUUGUUUUAUAUCACGAAUGUAAUAUUCCUAUUGUGCAUCAUCGAAGAGAAGAAAAGAGCAAGCAUCGAAGCUACGAUACACUGCUAUGCAUUACUUUCUUUCGAUACUUGCUUUUGCGAUACGUAAUAAACGCUCCGCCGAUCGAUUAUAAUAGAGAAGCGCGGCAAUAUAUUAUAUAUUAUAUAUAUUUUUCAUGAAAUAAUAUAGGAGAUUGUUCGUUAUUCCUUACGUGAUGAGAAAUGUGCGUUAUCGAUCUUGUCACAUCGCAUAAAAAUUUAAAAACACACCGAUAGAAUAUAAAAAUCUAGCUCAACAAUGAAUUUUUCAAACAAUUAUAUGUUAUAUGAAUUCUCACACACGAGUGAUUAUCCAAAAAUUUUUUAGGAAACGACUCAUUUUGAUAUUAGAACGAAUACGCAAGUCCCGGAUAUCGCAAAUAGAACAAUAUCGCGCAAUUACUAACUGCGAAGACAUCGUAAAAGAUCAAUGUAUUAGUUGUCACUAUAUAUAUAUAACCAGUGCACUGCCUAGUGAUCUAAUAGAAACACUAAAUAAUACAUCCAUAGUUUAGCAGGCGGAAGGAACGGGCGUUCGCGCAUCAUAUGUCUCAUUCUUUUUUUCUUUUCAAUUUUGUUAUAAGUAUUUUUGUGCGACUGGUGCAAUGAUUGUAGCGUGAAUUAGAUGAGUGAUGUAAUUUGAUAUAAGAAAAAGGAGAAGAGGGAAUAAUAUGCGGUAUUCGUGCGAGCGACCGCAUUCACAUAGAGGAUCGCCAACAAUUAAGCAAGUGGAUUAAAAGAACGGUCGUGUGUGUAUGUGAAUAUAAUUAAUAUUAAUAUUAAUAUAUUAAUAUUAUUAAUGUUAUAUAUUAAUUAAUAUUCUUGAACAGUGAACAAUUAAUUAGUAAAUAAUUUUUUAUCAAAUUAGAGAUAAAGAAAGAUCGAUUUUUUAAGAUUUGCUACGUAAUUUGAGAAAUACAUAAAGAAGAAUUUUUAGAGUGGGAUAUGUAUGGGAUUUCACUAUUGCAUAAUUCACGAUAUGAAAAGAUCUUCAUACGUCUUUCUUAACGAUAUAAUUAAGUACUUCAUUAACCUUAAUUGGAAUUGCUUCAAUUCGUUCGCAAAAAAGCAUUAUCGUCCUCGAUAUUAUAAUCGCGCGUCUAUCCCGUACGUAGACUUUACUUCUCGCAAUUAAUUAUUAUACACGGUAAUUCUUCUUCUGUUAGCAAAGACAAUAGAAACUUUCCCUCGACGUUCAGAUAUGUCUCUCCUCCCUCUGUUCCCCCUUCCGCGUUCGCGAGGACGAUUUGUAAACGCUGCCGACAAUAGCUAUGUAUAACGACAAUAGUUAAACGCUAUGAUUCUUCCCUUUUAGCCAUUAGAUUAUCGAUAAUCGCACACAGAGUGAUAUCUUAAGGUAGACAUUUAAGAUGAACGAGAGAGAGGGAGAGAAAGAGAGAGAGAAAGCGAGAAAACAAUUAUAUAGGUUUAGUAGUUGUUCGCAAUGUGCCUUCCAUAUUAUAGGAUACGCGUCAGCGUAUCAGCGUAUUCUUUAAGAGGAGCGAGACACCUCUCCCGUCUCGCGUUCGAUACGAGAGGAAGACUGCCAAUAUGUGCAACGUCGUUGUAGCAAUUAAAAUAUGAAAGAAAAAUGAUAGAGAAUAAAUCAGAUUCUUUCCAACA